AUGGCUUCUCUCCAGAUGUGCGAUACCGGCCAUUCCAGUCCGGAUUCGUCCUCGGGGGAAGGACAAACAAACAAUUGUCCCUCCAAGGGGUUGCACGAGGCCACGGACGCGUGUUGGUGUUGUGCUGCUCUCUUGUCGUACGAUGGGGAAAGUGGUGCCACCUCCACCAACCACCACUUACCACCGCCGCGGGCACGCCAGCAUCGAGCUUCGUUCAGAAAUAGCAUACUCGGGAAGAACCGAGUUUGAGGGGAGAUGCCUGACUCCAGGCCCGCCAAUGCUAAGCGGCGAACAUCAACUCCGAGCCGGAACGCAUGACAGACAUCCUCAGCGGCUUAAUUCGCAUUGUCCUCCAUGGCUACGAGGGUUUGACGAGAAACCGUACAAACAAGCCAUGGCAGCACUCGCUUCAAUCGACUUGUCACAAUUGUAUCGCGAUGGGCAGCUAGAUCAGGAGCUGCGGGAUGAACUGUUGAAUUCGUGCGCAACCUACGGCUUCGUGAAGUUCGUCGGCCACGGCCUGUCCGAUGAGAGAAUUCACGAGCUUUUUGCCUGGUCCCGCGAGUUUUUCGGCUGGCCGGAUGAGGUCAAGCAGAGCGCCAACCGGUCCAACAAAGGCCCCUAUCGCGGCUACGCUGGCGUUGGCCGCGAGCAAAUUGGUGCCAUUACGGGGUAUAUCAAAGGCGUGAAGGAUGGUGCUCCGGUUACAGAUGUAAAGGAAUGCUUCGAUCUUGGCCCUGUCCAUGACACAAUCUACCCGACGCCGUGGCCAGUCGUCGCAGGUGCUCGAGGCGAAGAGUUCCGCUCCUUCAUGCAGUCUUUCUUUGCCGAUUGCGUACAGCUGCACGACCUGCUUGUCUCCAUCUUCGAGCAGGCGCUACACCUCGAGGACGGAGAAAUAAGUCAACGUUGCUCGGCGGGCAACGGCGAGGUGCGAAUCACCCAUUACCCGCCGAUUGCGAUGUCGCAACUCCAGACCGGCCGUACAUUUCGCAUCGCCGAACAUACCGACGUCGGCAUUUUGACCCUGUUGUUCCAAGAUUCCGUGGGUGGGCUGGAGAUCGAGGACCCCGCCCGUCCAGGGCAGUUCGUGGCCGUCGAAAGCUCACGGCCCAGCGAGAUGAUCGUUAACAUAGCUGACACCCUGCAGCGCUGGACAUCAGGUGUGCUCAAGUCGACGAAUCAUCGUGUCCUGGCCCCCCAGAGACGCGAAGGCGCCCACGAAGAUGAGGUCGUGCCUGCCAGGUAUUCGGUUGGAUUCUUUGGCAAGGCCAACAUGGACGCUCCUUUGACGCCGUUGCCAUCGCUGCUGAGCAGCACCAGAAACCAAGUCGAGGCCAGCAAUGGUAUGACCGCGCAGGAGUACUACAAUUACAUGCAUGAGAAGACGGCCAAGGCGGUCUCAGAGCCUGUGGCAGUCAGCUAGGAGGCCAUGUCUGAUUUCGUCCUACCUGUAUUCAAGUUCUUCGUUGUAUAGCGUUGCAUAGCUUGUGCUUUCUCAAACAUGAACCGCCAUCCAUAAUUUGUCUUUCGAUAACAGUAGCAUGGUUG